GCUUUUCUGUUUCCAUUGGCCGCGCGUGCCAGGCCUGAGCGAAUCACCAGCCUUUCCUGAGCGGAGGGGCGGGUCCGAGGGACGUGGCAGCGGAGGAGGCGGCGGAGAGAGGAGGCGACAUGGCGCAGGGCUGGGGCGGGUUCUCCGAGCGGGAGCUCCGGCGGGUCCAGGGCCGUUGCAAAGAUCAAUCUGAGCCUCUGCCUGAGCAGAAGCAUCAAUCUUUUGUGAAGCAGAAUUACCAGCAUUUGAAGGGCAAAAAGUCUGUCCAGCAGAUAUGUGAAAAAACAGAACUGCCAGAUGGAGCAGCCUUGUCACCUCAGAAGCAGAGGCUUUCUGGACCUAAACGGAACUGCCCGUCUCCACAGGCAUCUCUGUUACCACCCCAGUCUCUGACAACAGGAGAACCACAGGAUACCAGAAACCAAGAAAUGAGACAAGUGUCUAAUUGUGAUUCCCAUGCAGAGCCUAGUCACACAUUGGGAAAGAAGAGGAUGGAAUUGCAGGAGAAGUCUCGGUGGGAAAUUCUUCAGCGGGAACAGAAGCUUAUGGAAGAAAAGAACAAACGCAAGAAAGCUCUUUUGGCUAAAGCAAUUGCUGAAAGAUCCAAAAGAACUCAGGCUGAAACAAUGAAGUUAAAUAAGAUCCAAAAACAGCUCCAAGCUCUAGAUGUUAUGGUAUCUGCCGAUAUUGGGAUACUGAGAAAUAGGAUUGACCAGGCAAGUUUGGAUUAUUCGUGUGCUCGGAAGCGAUAUGAUAAGGCAGAGGCUGAAUAUGUGGCUGCAAAGCUGGAUCUCCAGAAGAAAGCAGAACUCAAAGAACAGCUCACAGAGCACUUGUGCACUAUUGUACAGCAAAAUGAGCUUCGUAAGGCCCAGAAAUUGGAGGAGUUAAUGUAUCAGCUGGAAGUGGAAGCAGAUGAAGAAAAUCUGCAACUUGAGAUAGAGGUGGAGCAACUGCUGCAACAGCAGGAGGCAGAAAGUAGAAAGCAAUUGACAGAGUCACAGAAACUUGGUUCUGUUGGUGUCGAGGAUACAGCUCCCCAAACUACUACUAAAGGACAUGAGGACAAAAGCCACGAGGUUGCAGAAAGAUUAGAGAAUCAGCCCACAAAUUUGCAAACAGAUGAUCAAGAUCUAACAGUAAAUUCUGUUACAGAAGAAAUGAUAACUCAUGUAGCAUGUAAACAGUGAAUCUGAUAUAUUUGCAUUUGGUCGGUACUGUUCUGUAUUUAGUCAUAUGGUUUACAUGGAGAUUUCUGCACCGUUGCACCAAAAUUCUUUGAAAUUUGGCUGGAUGACACUGACAUUGUCACUUUUUUCUCUCUGAAUCAUUGGUUCAGUGAUCUGUCUCCUUAUGCAAACUUUAGGAACUCCUGGUGGUGCAAUGGGUUAAGCUCUUGUGCUGGCAGGACAGCUAACCUGAAGGUUGAGUUGCUGACUUGAUGGUUGCCUGUUCAGAUUCGGGGAGAGCAUGGAUGAGCUUCUUGUCUCGGCUCCAGCUCCCUGUGCAGGGACAUGAGAGAAGCCUCCCACAAGGAUGGUAAAACAUCAAAACAUCCGGGCGUCCCCAAGGCAACGUCCUUGCAGAUGGCCAAUUCUUUAACACCACAAGCCACUUGCAUUUUCUCAAGUUGCUUCUGACAUGGAAAAAAAUGCAAACUAUAUUAUGGAGUGGCCAAUAAUAAUAAGAAAAAAGACAAAUCAUCUUAGCUGUAUUUGAAUUUCAAAAAAGCAAGCCAGGGUAAGGUGGUAUUCCAUGUGGAAUCCAAACUACUUUUGUACUUAGAUUUUUUCCCCCUUGUCUUCCAUGUUGAAAAAGCAGUUCUCCUUUGUACAUGUUCAUGUAAUUCAAGAUGCCUGUCAACUUAUGGCAUUCCCAUGAGUUUCAUAGGAUUUUCUUAGUCAAGGAAUACUCUUGGUGGUUUUGCCAGCUCCUUCCUCUAAAUUAAAGUGUACAACAGGGGUCCUUAAACUAAGGCCCAUGGGCCUAAUGCAGCACUCCAAGGUCCUUUACCCAGCCCCCUUACCCUAAAUUUUAGACUUAUAGUCAUCCUGAGUCUGAAAUGACUUGAAAACACAUAAUAACAGCAGUCCUACUUGACUGUAAUCAGCCAAAAGCAGGCCCACACUUCCUAUUGAAAUACUGGUGAGCUUAUGUUGGUUAAAAUUGUUCUUUAUUUUAAAUAUUGUAUUGUUCUUUCAUGGGUUUUUUUUCCACUACAAAUAAGAUAUGUGCAAUAUACAUAGAAAUUUGUUUAAACUAUAGCCCCAAAGAUCUGAGGGACAGUGAACUGGCCCUUGGCUUUAAAAGUUUGAAAACUUCUGGCCUACAAUAUUCAUGGGCAGCUGCCAUUCCCUUCCAAUCUCCCAGCUAAAUUAUCUAACUUCGCUUCUGUUAAGGGCGAGCCAGAAAUCAGUGGCACUGAAAUUUCCCUCUGUCUUGCAGUCACAAUCAGCUGCUUGUAAAUAUGCAUCCUUUUUGCUGCACUCUUCUGCUGCUCUUUUCCUCCCUUCUUCGGCUUAAGCACACUGGACCACAGGUUUCAGCCCAGAACCUUGGGCGGUUCAAAGACUUUAUUAUGGUUCCACAGUAUUUACAUGGUACUCUCUCCAACAGAGAGAGAGAAAGAGAGCGCGAAUGACCACAUGGUCUCAACUUAUAACAGAAAUAUUAUUUGCAGAUACCACCGCCUAGACAUGAUGCUGCUUGACCGGAAGGUGCCUUAGCCUGGGCUGUCUGGGCACUCACCCAGGCAUCAUCUUAACCCUUCAAUGACCUGGUGCUUCUAGUAAUACAUGCCUUGAGGAUGAUUUUUUUUCUAAUGCAUAUAACCACCAUUUCAUCAAUAGCUUCCAAGAUCAGAUAUGAUCUGUUGCUUUUAGAGUACAGUAGAGUCUCACUUAUCCAACAUAAACGGGCCAGCAGAAUGUUGGAUAAGCGAAAAUGUUAGGGGAUUAAGGAAAAGCCUAUUAAAUCUCAAAUUACAUUAUAAUUUUACAAAUUAAGCAUCAAAACAUCAUGUUUUACAACAAAUUGACAGAAAAAGCAGUUUAAUAUACAAUAUGUAGUAAUUACUGUAUUUACAAAUUUAGCACCAAAACAUUGCAAUAUAUUGAAAACAUUGACUACAAAACAUUGACUACUAAAAGGCAGACUGCGUUGAAUAAUCCAGAACCUUGGAUAAUCGAAUGUUGGAUAAAUGAAACUACUGUAUUUAAUGGCCACAGAUUUCAAAAAAGCACUUAGAAUCCAAUAAAUACUGAGUUGGAAGAGACCACAGGAGCCAUCCAGUCCAACCCUGUGCCAUGCAGGAAUACAUAAAGCAAUCCCAACACUGGCCACCCAGUCUCUGUUUAAAAAUCUCCAAAUGAGAAGACCACCACCACACUGUCGAUAGCUCUUAUAAACAGAAAGUUAUUUCCAGUGCUUGGGUGGAAUCUCUUUUCCUGCUAUUUGAAUCCAUUGUCCAUGUCCUAGUCUUUAGAGCCGUAGAGAACAAAUUUUCCCCUCUUCCGUGUGACAUCCCUUUGAAUAUGUUAAACGUUAAUGUCUUCUCUCAACCUCCUUUUCUCCAAGCAGUAGGAAUCAAUUGUUCUGUAUCCUAUGGUGCAUCUGCAUUGUAGAACUAACACAGUUUAACACGUUUUACAUGCCCAAGGGUCAAUGUUAUGGAAUCUCGGGAGUUACAGUUUGGUGAAGCAUCCUCACUCUUUCUCUUUGGCAGAGAAAGCUAAAAACCUUGUAAAACUUCCUCAUUGGAACUGUUUGAAAUUAUAUCUUUGAUAGCUCACUUUUGAGACACUCCUAUCAAUCAUGAACUUCAUUCCCUUUUAGUAUUCCAGGCCAUGGGGUCACACCCAGUGUUACUUUAAGUUUGCUGAAAUCAGCUUUCUUAAAGUCUAGGCUUUAAGAUGAUAAGACUCCAUUAGCUUCACCAGGAAUCCCUAUCUGUAUGCGGAUGGACUCCUGUAUCUGCAAAACUGAUGUGCGGUUUCACUUAACCAUUAUUUCACUUAUUUGUUUAGGGACACAUGUAAAAGCAAUACUCUCUUCGCAAUACCUCUGUUCUUCAUCCCAUUGAAAAGAAUACUCAGUGGUUGCAUUAUGUACAAAAAAUAGUGGACAAUUUGGAUAAAAUCAGUCUUUUCUGAUGGUGUGUUUCAGAUAUUUUAGCCUAUUAAGACCCAGAAUUCCUUGCUGAGAAUUGUUGGGUUUUUAGUUUUCAAAAUACAGAGGUCACCUCAGUGGGUUGCACUGAGUGAUUGCACUUUAUUUUCUAAGUCAUUGAGACCUAUAUUAAAGUUUAUUUCAAACUUAUUUGACUAGUAGACAAAUAAUUUUCAACUCGGUUCCUAAUCUUGAUUUGUACUAGCUGCUUUAUUGCUUCCCAUGUAUAUAUACAAGAACAUUUAUAUUUGUUUUUAUAUUUGUUAUUAAAUGUCUACAAUAUCUAUAGUAUAACUUUACAGUGAACUACAUCCCUGUCAAUCUUUUUACUAAUAAAGUAUCCUCUAUUGUAUUUUUA